CAGAAACCUCAACCAUUAAUGCGACCGGUGGUACAUUAUGGGUUGAUCACAUCUGGGAACCAAGUGAUGCACCACAGAGCCACCUGUGAUGAGCUACAGACAGAGCAUGAUAUCCUCUGUUUCAAAAUAGAGGCAGCUGGGUUGAUAAGGGUAUUUCCCUCUCUAGUUGUUUAUGGCAUUUAUGAUUACUCUAAUAGCCAUAAGAAUAAAAUCUGGCAGGACUACGCUGCUGUGGCGGCAGCAGCUUAUAAGAAAGAACUCUUAACAAUCAUA